CCUACAUACACCAACAGAUAAACAACCUCACCCAGCGGUCCCUGCCCCCAACCCACCCUCCCCUUCCAAAAAACCCAGAUCCCCCAAAAUGACAACAAAAGGCAGCUGCUUCUGCACCGCCAUCCGCCUCGAAUGCACCAGCCCACCCCUCACAACGGGUCUCUGCCACUGCCACGACUGCCGCAAACUCACCGGCUCAGCCUACUCGCACAGCGUCCUCGUGCCCACGCCGGCCGUGCGGGUGGUCGCCGGCACGCCCAAGGCCGUGGCCAAAACGGCCGAGAGCGGGAAUGCGGUGCGGAAUUACUUCUGUGGGGAUUGUGGCUCGCCCCUUUACGGGCACAAGAUUAAUCCGGAUGGGCGGCCGGCGGAGGUGACGGUUGUGCGGGCCGGGGUGCUGGAUGAUGUUGAGGUGGUGGAGAGGAGGCCCGAGGCGGAGUUGUUUACGGGGCGGCGGUUGGGGUGGGUUGCGGCUGUGGAGGGGGCGGGGCAGUUUUGUGGGAUGUUGGAGUUCUCUUAGUUCUUUGGGUGGUUAUUCUUGGAUGUUGAUGUAGAAGAUGUAUGGGGUGGUUGGGUUGGGUUGGAGUUAGGAUACGGGUUUUGUAUAGUAACUAGGGGAGAUUGGUGUGUAAUGCACUUGACAUUGCUGUGGCUAACUGAAGAAGUGAUGUCUACCCAAUGCUCUAAGUCAGGACUACCUAUCUCAAAAUCAACGCUCUAAGUUUGUAC